AUGAAAGAGAUUAAUAAAGCAUUAAAGAUUGAUCCAAAAUAUGCAGAUGCCUAACAAAUGAAAGGUUUAAUUUAUAUAAAUACUUAGGAUUAAUAUAAUUUUAAAAAUAUGAUAAACACAAUUGUCUUGAAAGAUAUGAAUAAAGCAAUAUUCCUUAACCCGAAUUAAGUUUCUAGUUAUUAUCAUAGAGGUAUGAAUGCUUUAUUCAGGCUUAGAUAAUUGUAAUAAAGCUAUAAAACUUAAUUCUGAGUUACUUUAGAUUAUAGUAAAAAGAUUAUUAAAACAUUUCUAUUAUUAAGAAUCUUUAAUGAGAGAUAGUGGAAAAUUUGAUGAAGCAUUAGAAUUGUAUUAAAAACAAUAGACUUAGAUAAGCAAUAUGUAAAAGCUUAUUUAAAUAGCAAUAGAAAAGUAGCUCUUUUAUUUAAAGAAAAAUAAUUACAAGAAGAAGCACUUAAAGAUUAGAAUAAAGCAAUCGAAAUUAAUCAGGAAAAUGCAAAUUUAUAUAUUAAUAGAGGUUAUUAAACACAUAAUGAUAGGAAGUCUUAUUAAAGGAUAUGAAAGAAUGGCAAUAGACAUUAUUAGAUUAUAAUAAUAAAAUAGAAUUAAAUCCAAAAAAAUGCUACUACAUAUUUAAAUAGAGGUAAUUUGAUUAAAAUAUUAAAUAAAGGUGUUUUAUUAUGCAAUAUCUCAGGAUAGAAAAAGCUUUAUAGGAUUAUGAUAAGGCAAUUAAAAUAAAUUCAGAUUAUACAAGUUCAUAUUUAAAUAGAGGUUUUAGAUAAUUUUAUAAUAUAUAGCUCUUUUUUUAUAGGAAUAUUUGAUAGACCAAGCACUUUUAGAUUAUAAUAAAAUAAUUGAUAUAUAUCCAGAAGAUUCAAGAACAUAUCUAAAUAGAGGUAAUUGAUACUUUUUAGAAUAUAGGUCUAUUAUAUUGGAGAAUGAAAAGGAAAAAUCUUUAAGGGAUUGUUUAUCAGCAUUAGAAUUAUACCCAAAUAAUUCACUUUAUCUCACAACAAUAGGAGAUUAUGUUGUAAUAUGAAAAGGUUCAUGAUUUAAUUUCAUGA